AUGGGCAGAGGCCGAGGAGGCCGCAACCGCAAGCCCCGCAACUCCGCCACCUUCCGCCUCUGCCCGCGCCCCGGCGCCGCCGACCCCUCCGACCGCGUCCUCGUCCGCGUCGACGGCAACCAGUACCACGUCCCCGGCCUCGACGACGACGACGACGCCUGCUACUUCGAGGGCGCCUUAGGGGACGACGGCGCCGAGCCCUCGUCCUCCCCAUCUGGGGCCGCCCUCCCCGACCACGUCCGCCGCGCGAUCCUCGAGCUCGGCCUCCCCGACGACGGCUACAACUACCUCGCCCACAUCCGCGAGAUCCGCCCCUCAUACUCCUCCACCGGGGGCGGGGGCUCGUCCGCCGUGUUCCUCCCCACCCGCCGCGCCGCGCGCUGCGGCCUCCCGCUGAGCGUCAAGGCAUACGACGCGCGUGGUGUUGAUGUUGGUCUGGACAAUGUCGCCGCAGCGGGAGCGCUGAUUCCAGUGGAGGAGGCUAUCGACCCGGAUAUCACCGACCUGCUUGAGGAGAGCGAGGUGCCACCGGAGACCUCGGAGGAUGAGAAUGAGGAUGAGGAGAGCGAGGUGCCACCAGGGAUCGUGGAAGAUGACAAUGAGGAGAGUGAGGGGCCAUCGGAGACCUCGGAGAAUGAGGAUUCAGAGCUGGAGGACGAUUUUGUUAUCAUUGCAAAUCAGCCUGAGCAGGAAGACCAGAUGGAUCUUGAGGAUGAUUUUGUUAUCCUUGCAAACCAGCCUGACGGCGAAGAGCAGAUGGACAUGAUGGGCGGUAGGUUGGCGCGAGGCAGUUUCGCAGCUGCCUUAUGGGCAUGUUAA